AUGACCCCCGCAGGGCUUGUGUCAAAAUCCCGCGCUCAUUUUGUUCCCGCGGGCGCCAGAGUUGAGCACGCCGAAGAUGCUAUCCACAUCAUCUCAUCAAAUGGCACAAUCAUCCAUAGCGCCCCAAGCUCAAAGCGGAGCCGAAGGGAUUCAGCAGAAAUUUUCUCUCGUGCCUACACAGACGGAUACGCAGCGUACUCGUACUGGGGCCCCAACCCCAACACCAGCGCCAUAGCCAACUUCUCCACGUCGUGGGUAGUACCAGAGGUGCCUGCAAGAGCCGACGGCCAGCUCUUAUACGUGUUUAACGCGCUGGUGCCAACAUCCCUAGACACGAUCCUCCAACCUGUGCUUCAGUUCGGUGUAUCGUCUGCGGGUGGUGGGAACUACUGGGCUGUCGCGUCGUGGUAUGUCAACGGACCGGAAGUGUAUUACUCGUCCCUAUACCCCGUGUCGGUGGGCCAAACGGUAUCUGGCGUUAUGACGCUUCAGGGCAACAAAACAUCAUCAACGGGGAAAGUGCAAUACUCUUAUAACUCGGUCUUUUCGGGGAUAUCUAGCACGUCGAUGACCAUCAACUCCAAUGAGUUGCUGACUUAUACAUAUGAGGCGCUCGAAAUUUAUACGACCUCAGGGGCGACAGAUCUUCCUACAGGCAAGACAACUUUGAAAUCUAUCAACAUCGUCGACCAGAACGGGCAGCACCCAACAGUAAACUGGACACCUGUCAGUAACACAGCGGAAGGGUUUGGAAUAACUGUGGUAACAAAUGGGGGAAACAAUGGUGAGAUCGACCUGGUGUAUCCGUCUUCAGGCUCAGUGGGAGGUGGUGCUACUUCCGUCCCGGCAUCAUCUACAACUGUGCGUACGACCACUGUCGCACCCUCGACGACUGUCAGCGCACCCUCUUCAACUUCCAACACACCAACGUCCUCUCCGACCUCUGUAGGGGCCGUGUCCCUUUACGGGCAAUGCGGAGGAAUUGGAUGGAGUGGUGGUACUAGUUGUGCUCAGGGAACAUGCAAAGUCAUGAACCCAUACUAUUCUCAAUGCCUCAACUGA